AUGCUAAUUCUGGACCACGAUAUCUCAUCCUUCUUCAUCCUGCUCCAAGUCCUCUUUUGGAAGUCACUAGCCAAAAGGUGUACACGGUGCAAGUUAGAGAAUGUGAAAAUAUGGAAUAAGGGAAUAGACUGGAGUUCAGAUAAAAAUCUAUAUUGGAAGCACGAUGUUGACAGGUUUGAGUCACUAAAAGUCAUAUUGCAUGGAAAUGCUGAAUUUGAAGUUGUUGAUGUCAACAUUGAGGGAAGUCAUUUGUUUGAAGUCCCAGAUGGCUACAAGAUGAGGGUCACAUCUGGAACUUCAGAUGAAGAUUGGCUUCAAGAGUUCAACAAAGAAAGAUUGAUCCUUCCAGCUGAAAAAUUUGAGACUAUUAUAUUUAAGUUAGAGGUGUUGGAUCAUAAGGCUGGUGAAAGAGCAGGAGUUAUAACUCCUACACUUGGCUCACCUAUACUUGUACUUUUGACAUUUGAUGCUGCAGUUGAGGCCCUUCAAGCACUUUCCAUACAAUAUGGGGUAUUCGAGUCAAUUUAUAGUUACUGGAAAGAAAAGCCACCUCCUCCAGUUAAUGACACCAACCCAUACAAUAUAUUUAGACUAAGGCAGAAAGCUCAGAGAGUUCAUACAAGAAGGGUGAGACGCAAUCUUGAUCAAGCCAAAAACUUACUAGAAGCUUUAAUAAAGAGAGAGGAGAAAAAGAGAGAUGUUUACCUUUUGAGAAUCAUCAUUCACAGAAGAACCUCAUCCCUUUCAGCUUUCAACUUUCACCUCUGUGUGGUUGGUUGA